AUACAGGACUUAUUAGGUUAAAAACAGCGAGUUUGUGUUUGUAAUUGUGGAUUAAGUGAAGCAAUGGAUCGAUACAACGACGUCAAAAUCCUCCUGAAGAAAUGGGAACAGUCUUUCUUCCAGACAAACAACAGAAAACCCAAUAAGGAUGACAUUGAUAAAGCUCCUGAGGAGACGAGGCAACUUUAUAAAGAAUAUCGUUCUCUUAAAGUAGCAAAAGAAAGAAAUGACACUGUGAAGGAGAAUCAAACAAAACCUCCAGAGAGUCAGUCAUCUUCAGAUGGCUCUGGAUGCUGGGGAUCUCAUCUAAACCGGAAAAAUCUACCUGUUGCUCUACCAAAACUGUCAUCAGACGAUAAAGAGACACUCAAAGCUUCAGCUCAGUACUUUGGCAUGAAGCUGAAAAACAAUCUCGGAGGCUUAACAAAGGAGCGAUCGUUUUCUCUGAAGAAAGCAGCAACCCCUCGCCGAACACCACAGAAGCCAGUGAUUAACACCUUAGACUCCAACACAGCAGCGACAGAUGUAGAAACCCACACACCAAAGCCAGCCAACACGUGUCCAGACGCCAGUUCUGCUCCUGUACAGACAGCCAGCAUGAAUUUUGAGGAUGAUCCAUCUGAUCCUUUCCCAUCCAUAACCCCAUCCAAACCCUGCUCUCCGGCUGUGGGUUCUGCGCAGAAGAGAUUGGAGAGAGUCCAGUUCCUCAGGCAGUCCAUGACCAGGAGGUUUUCAUCCGUGGACAGUGGCUGGCUUGCACGCUGUCAGGUUUUCGAUGAGGUGGAGGAACCUCAGAAACCUGUUACAGGGAAUUCAGAGCUGGCGAAGGAUGAGAACGGUUUCUUGCAACCUGCUGUUAGAAGCAGAUCUGGCUCCCCAGGGACUCAUGGUGAAUGGGUAUCACAUAAAAGUAGCCCAAAUGAGGGCCAAACAUCUCCAAAGAAUUUAUUGGAGAAGAAGAAACCCUCCCUUCCAAUAGAAGCAGUAGAGACGGAUCCAGUAACAUCUUCAGUAAAGAAUAAUGUGGUGUUGAAUGCAACAUCGGGCUCCCCUGGGACUGAUGGUGAACGGGUAUCUUAUAAAAGUAGCCCAACGCUGAUGGUAGCUGGUGAGAACUUAUCAGAGGAGCCCGAGGUUACACCAAUCACUAAACAACGCAAAACAAAGGCUAGAAAAGAUCAAGAAUCAGGUGCAAAAACAAAAGGUCGAAAAAGGCAAAGGGAGGCUGAUGAUGGUGAUGAAUCUGAAGAGAAGGAAGGUGGAGUGAAAAAGAGAAGGAAAACUAAGAAAGGAGAGGCAGCUGGGGAAGAUCAGCCCAAGAAAAGAGCGAAGAAGAAAGGAAAAGUGGAAGAGGAUGAUGACGAUGGCAGCUCAGAGAACAAGAAACCUCAGAAACGAGCCAUGCCUCAGGAGAAUCUUCUGGGUGAGGUGGAUGAAGAGGAGGCCAGAGCCGCUGCGUACGCACGUCAGAAGAACACAGUCAGGGUCAGGCCUACUAAGAACACAGAUGGGAACUUUGUGAAAAUCAAUUUGAAGAAGAAGUCCCACGUCAAAGGGUUUGCUUUGAGAGGAGCUGCAUUGAGAAAACAGAUGUACAUGCAGAAGUUCCAGCUAAAGGGCGAGAGGUUUGGAGGUGGAUUCGGCAGGGGCAGGGGGCGUUUCGGUGGCUUCAAUCGCCAAGGUGACACCUGCUAUAAGUGUGGUGGGACGGGCCAUUGGGCACAAGACUGCAGAGGAAAAGCUCCUGUCAGUAGUUCUGCAGAACAGCAGGAAACCCCAAUGGAGGAGGAAGAGUUUGAGUUGCCCACAUUGGAGGAAGUUGCCAGAGCAACAGGAACUCUGCGCUCAGAGCCUAUUGUAACCCCUCCCUCUGUGGGCGAAGACUCUUCUGAGAAGGAGGAGCAGGGGGCGGAGAUUCUGCUCAACAUCAUCAGGCCGGAUUAUGAAAGGCCGGCCCCUCCUCCUCCUAUGGAGCCGCUAUACAAACUAAAGGAUGAUGGGAAAGUCCAAGAUGUCCCUCCAGAGGUGUACGAAGCACUCCGAGACUUUGGUUAUAAGUCCUUCAGGCCUGGUCAGGAGGCGGCCAUCAUGAGAAUACUGUCAGGGUUGUCCACACUGGUGGUUUUGUCCACUGGUAUGGGCAAGUCUCUUUGUUACCAGCUGCCUGCAUACCUGUACGCCCAGAGGAGCAAGAGCAUCACGCUGGUGGUGUCUCCUCUGGUGUCUCUGAUGGAUGAUCAGCUUUCUGGACUCCCGUCAAAGCUGAAGGCUGCCUGCAUCCACUCCAACAUGUCUGCGAAACAGAGAGAGGCGGCCAUUGAGAAGGUGAAGGCAGGUCAGGUGCACGUCCUGCUGUUGUCUCCUGAAGCUCUGGUUGGUGGAGGUCACUCGGGCUCAGGAUGUCUCCCCCCUGCAGAUCAGCUCCCUCCGGUGGCCUUCGCCUGUAUUGAUGAGGCUCACUGCGUGUCUGAGUGGUCACACAACUUCAGACCCUGCUACCUGAGACUGUGCAAGGUUUUGAGGGACCGGCUGGGCGUUCGCUGUCUGUUGGGUCUCACGGCAACAGCCACUCUCUCCACAGCACUGGACAUCGCCAGACACCUGGAUAUCAGCGAUGAGGACGGCAUCGCUGUCCGCUCCGCUGCUGUUCCUCACAACCUCCACCUCUCUGUGUCUAUGGACCGAGACAAAGAUCAGGCUCUGGUGUCUUUGCUGAAGGGUGAACGUUUUGGAGCUCUGGAGUCAGUGAUCGUGUACUGCACCAGACGAGAGGAGACGAGCCGCAUCGCUGCACUGCUGCGUACCUGCCUGCAGGGGGUGAUGUUGAGAGAAUCCUCCAAACACACACCGCUGCAGGUGGAUGAUGACAACCCUGUGGGCAAGAAGAAGAAAGCUCUGGCCAGGAAGAAGAUCCGCAAGCCGCUGAAGUGGAUAGCAGAGGCGUAUCACGCGGGUCUGUCUGCAUCCGAGCGACGGCGCGUGCAGAAUAACUUCAUGUGCGGUGAGCUGCGUGUGGUCGUGGCCACCGUGGCCUUCGGGAUGGGUCUGGAUAAAUCAGACGUGCGUGGGAUCAUCCACUACAACAUGCCUAAGAGCUUCGAGAGCUACGUGCAGGAGAUCGGCAGAGCGGGACGAGACGGACACCCCGCUCACUGCCACCUGUUUCUGGACCCCGAGGGUGGAGACCUGCAUGAGCUGCGCCGGCACAUUUACGCAGACUCUGUGGAUUAUUACACAGUGAAGAAGCUGGUGCAGAAGGUGUUUCCUCCCUGUAAAUGCCGUCAGAUUCAGCAGAAGCAGCAGGAUUUGGCACAGGCUGCAGAAGUGUCUGACAGUGAGUUACUGGAGAUGGAGCUUUGUGACAACAUUGAUCCACAACAAAACGAGACUCUAACUUUACCAGAUCAACAAACACCCCAGACACACACACCAGAGGAGACUGAAGAGCAUCUUCAGCUCAGAGAUGAGUGUGUGCAGCGCUUCUGUCACACACAUGAGAGAGCCAUUCCUAUGCAGGAGACUGUGGAGACUCUAGACAUCACUGAAGAGAGUCUGGAGACUCUGCUGUGUUACCUGGAGCUUCAUCCUCAGCAGUGGGUGGAGCUUCUCCAUCCGACUCUCUCCGUCUGUAAGCUGCAGUGUUACGGAGGUCCACAACAACUGCGCAAAAUCACCAAACUGUGUGCUCCAGUGGCGGUGGUGUUGGCGCGCAAGCGUAUGGCUGGUGAACGGGUGCAGUCAUGUGACGCUCUGGAGUUUGACGUGGUGGAGCUGGCGGACACUAUGGGCUGGCAGCUUCCUCUGGUGAAGAGAGGACUCAGACAGCUGCAGUGGGGCUCAGACACAGGUUCGUAUGGAGGAACGGGUCGCAGUGGUGUUCAUGUAGAGUUCUCAGCUCUGUCCUUCUACUUCCGCUCAUACGGUGACCUGACGGCAGAUGAGCUGGACGCUGUGUGUGCGUUUCUACACGGCAGAGUGAAAACACAGGAGAACACACAACUCUACCAGCUCAAAACCUGCUUCAGAGCUUUCCGCAGUGUUGCGUAUCGUAACUGCAGUCUGUGUCUGGAUGAUCUGGAGGAGAGCAGAAGUCAAGCUCUUAAAGAUCUACUGAGCAAUUACUUCGACAAGAGGAGAAACCUGGACCUGAGCAAACAGUGCCUGGAGGAAGAGGACGACGAGGAGGAAGAGCUCAACAAGUGCAAGAUGAGAGACUGGGAGACUCAGAUCUGUGCAGAUAUCAGAGCUUUUCUGUGCAGUCGCAGCGACGAGAAGUUCUCCGGUCGAGCUGUCGCCAGAAUAUUCCACGGCAUCGGAAGUCCGUGUUAUCCAGCGCAGACGUAUGGUCGCGACCGCAGAUUCUGGAGGAAAUACAUUCAAUUCGAUUUCAAUGAAAUCAUUCGUUUAGCCACUCAGGAGAUCAUCAGGACGAGGUAACACCACCUCACGGACUCCAGAUACAGCCCAAUGAAGAUAUUUAUGCUUUCACUGCUUUUAAUGCUUACAUGUAGUUUUAUACACAAUAAAGUCUAUUUUCUGGUAAAUCUGAGUGAUCUGUGGAUGUCAAUAAUGUUG